GUUGCUCUAUCACGGAACAGAUUUAACUAUAAUCUCCCUCCGUCCUCCGUUCCACCAGAAAACUCAAAAUUCAUCUUCCCCAAAUUUACAUCACAAUUCGAUAAUGGGUUCUCCCUCCGCUAACUUAUCAAUGAGAAGAACAAGAAGAUGCACCACUCACAAAAAAACAUGCAAAUCUCAAAAUACAUCAAGGUUUGUCAACGUCAACGUUGAUGGGGACGACGGUAGAAUUGGCGAAUGCACUUCCGUUUCUGAAAAAUUGGAAGCUCUCAGGCAGUUAAUUCCAGCUAACAAUGGUGAAAUCAAACCUGACCAGUUGUUCGAAGAAACUGCUGAUUACAUUGUUCUUCUCAGAACUCAGGUCUUCGUUUUACAGAAACUUGUUGAUUUUUAUGGGUCAAAUAAUGAACAAAAUCCUCUAUAGUACAUAGCAGUUUCCGUUUUCCCAGCCAAAAACUGAAAAACAGAAAGCAAAAAAAAAAAAAAAAAAAUGCUUUCAUUUUCAUUCUUAUCUUUUUUUUUUUUCUUUUUCGUUUGGUUAAUUUUUUCUCGUUUUAAUUAGAUUCCAAGCAAGCUAUGUAAGGGUAGGUGUGUUACGGGUACUGAAUUUCAGGAUCAAAUAGUUAUUACUAGUACUGGUAAUCUAGUAGUAUAUCACAAAGUCUUUACCUUUCUAUAUUGGUUCAAUUUUUUAACAUUUUGUUAGUACUAUUCAGCUCUUAGUCAAUGGGCAAUGAAUACCCAAAGAUUUGCAUUA